AGCAGCUUUGUGUAUUUGCAUGCUGUUAAGGAGUGGAAGAGUUAUUGGAGAAACAAUUGAGCUAGGUUACAAUCACCAGGUAAGUGUGGCUGGACUUGACUCUUUUAAUUUCCAACCGUGUGAAGCUGUGCUUGAGUCUGGGAGAAGCUGGGGGCUGUCCGUAGGAAUGGAGGGGGGGAUAGCCGUAGUUUUCUGGUGGGUAGGGGUUUGGGUUUUGGGUGAGAUAGGCCUGGGGUGGGGGGUGGGUAUGGUAGGUGGGCCUAGGGCCGAGGAGCCCGGGGUAGGGGCUGGGGUUCGGUGUUUGCCAGGGCUGUCCGUGGGUGGAGCGGGGAUUCGAUCUGGAGCUUCGACCUCGACCGCGAUUGCGGUGACCACCACAACCACGGCCACUGCUGCUGCUGUGGGAAUGCUGUGCGUGGCUGCUGUUGCUGUGGGACCCGCGACCCCCGCCGGCGGAACUGUGGAGAGGUGCACCAUGGCUGCUGGCCGAGAGAAGGGCCGUGCCGGUGGUAGGGUCGGCAUCCAGGUCUGCUCCUUGGCGUUCCAAAAGGAGGAGGGCCGAUCGGGUUUGGAGGAACGUUGGCGGCGGGGUUUGAAACUGCAGAAAAGAUGUUUGGCCCCGCAUGUCAUCCGGCAGCCCCCGAAGCACUUUCCGGAAUUGAUGUUCCAACUGCAUGGCACGGGCGGGUUUGUUAUCAUGAAAAAGGGAAUAGAUGGAUCGCCAAAGUGCCGCGGCCGAGUCGGUGGAGGAAAUCACAAGAUCGGAGACUUCAUCGUUGAUGGUGGAAAGGAUCCACCCUUGGAGGAGUGCGUCAAGUUGAUACCAAUCAGCAUCAUCGGCACCGGACGGGGCUGAUUUUCCGGUUGCCAAAGAGUACUAUAUAGACAUAAAAGGGAAAAGCCAUCAAUAUAUAUGGGGGACUCUCUAAGAUGGGGGAGAGGACCUCUCGUGAAUCACUCUCUAGAGGGGAAGUUUGACGGGUGAAUCACUAGGUGUCAACAAUUAGGAGAUUUUGGGAUACGGGAAGAGUGCUUACUCAGGAUCCUUAGAGUCAUACAAGGGUACUAUGACUGAACCUUUGGUUUCACCUCCAGAAGACUUGACCAUACUGCAGCCUACAACACAUUUACAGUUGGCUAAGGAUUUUCAUCACACUUUAGCAGAUGGGCAGUCCAAUGG